AUGGCGUACAAGGGUGAGGAAGACCAGGCUUCGUCCGUCGAUGGCAAGCACUCGGAGCUUCUAUACAAGUCUCUUGAUCAAUACAACAAGGAACAAAAAAAGAGGAAGCGCCCUUCGAUAAUUCUCGGCGCUCUUAUACUUCUUUUCCUAGCGUCCUCCGGGGGCAUCAUUCUUGCGGUGGUGUUGAUGAUACAGCCGGUGGAGAUUCAAGCCGCAUGUAUCGCACGAGACCUCAUACUAUUCGCCGCUGCGAUAGCUCUAUUCUACAUCUGCAUCCAUAUCAGAGGAGCGAGGAAGAACUUUAGGAGAAGAGGCCCCGGGCCACCACAGAUCUAUGGCGACUACCUUCAUGCCAGCGCGCUGCUCGUCGCACGACUCGGUAUCGCCGUUUGGGUGGCUGCUCUCGUCGCCACGUGCGUCAUGAUUGCCAAGGCGGCCCCUUUGCCGGGCCUUGCUGGAACAGCGCCGUAUCUGGAUCUGGUGAUAUGCAUUGGUGCCAUACCAUCGUUCAUCACGAUAUCCGCCUCGAUCGAAAGCAACCCCACGCCUUUCGCGACCACAGGGUUAACUAGAAGCGCCCUACUGACCCAACGCGGUAGUGCCCGCUUCACCGGCGACUUCGGACCAGACCUAAGCGUUUCUCGUCGAGCCUCGUUGCAGCGAAAGGAGAGCAACAGCGGCUCUAUUUUAACACUACCGACGGCAGAGAUCUUCCGGCUGGGAGAGCCCAAGCCAGCCGGACCCCGGGCCCAGAGUAGUGCAGGACCCCUUACGGUAACGACCAACGACUUGUCCUACGACGACGAUAAAACAGAGCUCAUGGCGAACUCUCCCGUCGCGACAAUGCACAACAUAUCCCCAGUCCGAGGCGCCAGACUCUCGUCGUCUGCAACAGCGCCACCCAUGCCGAAGCUACCGCCCUCGUUCUCCAGGUCCCCUCCACGACCAGCGUAUAACCCCGGGGGGUGGCCCAGCGAAUGGAACAACAACAACAACAACAACAACAACAACAACAACAACGCAGCCGAGCAACUGCAAGUCCCGCCGAUGGCCCGCACACCCUCCCGAGACCGCGCGCGGAAAGCCCAGUCCGAAUACAUCUCCCCCCCACCUUCCUCCCACUCUUCCAACUCCGCCCAUUCGUCGAGGGCUAGCACGGGACACCGCGUGACCCCCAGCACCAGCAUCGCCAGCAGCGCGCAGCGCUCCCGGCUGUCGACCGUCCGGUACGCGGCGGAGCCGGAGGUCGCGGUUCGCCAGGAGAUAAGGGUCAUCAGGAACCCGAAUUACGUGCCGCCGAGCGUGGUUGAUGUCCCGGAUGAGACUGCGGAUCACCCGCACCACCACCAUGACAACAGCAACAACAACAACGACGCUAGUAACAGCAAUAAUGGCGGUGGUAACGGUAGUAGCACGACAGACAUCCGACCGCCAGAGCCAGCCGCCACACUACACCCCCUGCGCAUGGAGCCGCCAAUGCGGCUGCAGCGCCGGCCGUCGAAUUUCUCGCGUCCGAUACCCCCGACGCGGGGGUCGGAGGCGGAUUCGGGCGUCGAGAUGAGGAUGUCGGAGGAGGGAGGCCUUAGGCCGCCGAGGAGAUGA